AGGAAGGAAGGAGAGAAAGAAAGCAAGCGACCAGAAAAGAAAGCUGAGGUAGUGUAAAGACCUGCUCUUCCGUCUCCCUGCUCUUCUCUCUCCUUGACGCCGCUGCGUUUUGCUGGAGGCUGCUUAAGGCCAGUACCUGCAUGCCAGGACAGCUGCUACAGUCAGCUAGUCUCCCUAAGGCCAAAUUACUCUUUGUACAGGAAGAGAGAGGUUUGCAGUCUUUAAAAAAAAUUCAGUUUGAACUGAAGAAUCUUGAAGUGUCUUGAAGAAACUGACAUUCUCCACUGGCUGACUGACACUGAAUUUGGAGAGCUUUCUUGCUAGUGAAUAUGCACAUAUUCUGACUAAGUUUCUACAUGACUGUGUGGGGCAAUAUUCGUAAUGAAGCUGCUAUCAUGUCAUCCACAGGCAAUUGCACUGAUAUUGAAGAAUUCUUGGUCAACAUUAACUUGGGACAGUAUCUUCCUAACUUUAAAGAAUACGGCUAUAACAUUGUGACAGAUUGUGUGGGAAUAGAUAACAAUGUGCUUCAGCAAAUUGGAGUGUUGCCUACAGGGCACCGCAGAAGGAUUCUUAAGCAAUUAGACACCACUCUUUCAAAAAUGCAAGACAAUUCUCUUUUCGGUAAAAAUCUAAAAUUCAAAGACUUGAAAGGUUUAGAAGAGAAACACUGUUCAUCUUCAGAUCAGGAGUCUCCAAUAAGCAAUUCAAGUGCAGAUGGGACUAGCUUGAUACCUGCCAUAUUGCCAGAGCAACUUAAUAAAGCUUACAUUGGUGAAGAAACGUUUGAACUUGCAGAGCAAAACUUACCGGAGGCAAAUGAUGAUAGGUUUAUAAAUUUGGAUUUUUCUAGUUUAUACCAGAAUUCAGACAGCAUACUAGAAGCUAUCAAUCUAAGUGGAAGUAUGAAGAUGAAUACUCAGCCAGAUACAUCACUGCAAGAAGCUGCUGCAUACCAAGCUGAUGAGCACUUGGCUGGCUGUUUGACAUUUCACAAUCCUCCUUCAUUUGCUCAUUCAUGUGAGACCAAAUACAAUGAAAACAAACAUCUGAUGUUUGCAGAUGAGGAUGAUUUAUCUGAUAGUCAGCCAAAUUCACCAUUCUUUAAAUUUAAAGGAGAAAUGAUAGACAAUGACUUGUAUGGUUCUUAUAAACAAAACUGCAUGAAAGUAUUUCCAAGAACAAGCCGGUCUUUUAUUUUAAGGCAUCGCCCUGUACCAGAAAUUCCUGAAUCGGGUAAAUUUCAAGCUUCAUCAAGUUCCCUUCAGAAAAGAAGAAAUGUGGAUCUUGUAAAUAUUUCUUGCACUGGGAAGCAAAUUUCACAAAACAAAGCUGUCAUGGAGGAAAAGCCACACAUCAUCUCUCCAUAUGGUGAAGCCUUUAUUUCUGACAACCCUAAAUAUGCUAAAGAACUUCAUGGAAGUGAAUUCCUGGCUUCUGAAAAUAAAUUGGAUCUAGGAAAGAACGAAGAGUGUUCUUCUUACAAGAAUCCAUGUUCCUUUAAUAAUCAGGAAGAGAAGACAAAGAGAUUUGCAAAAAAUGAAUUCCCAUUUCAAGAAAACAAAUCAUUAGCACCAGAAGAAUCUGAAAAUGAAUCUGUAUAUUCAAUUGUGGAGCAACGUUCUUUGCCUUUAAAGAAAAAGAAAAAUAAAGCCAAAACACACCCAACAUCUUGUAGUAAGAUACAAAGUGGUGAUUCGGAUUGCUUGAUCAGUGAAGAAACACAUUUUCAGCAAUCUCUAGGAGAUCAGACUUCGACUGGAAAUGAAUCAAUAACACCAUAUGCUUGUUUUUAUGGACCGUCAGUAAAGAAGAUUAAAGCAGGGUGGCUGGAUAAAUUAUCGCCUCAAGGCAAGCGUGUGUUUCAGAAGCGCUGGGUUAAGUUUGAUGGAGACAGUAUUUCCUAUUACAAUAAUGAGAAGGAAGUGUUCUCAAAGGGAAUAAUACUGCUCUCUGCUGUAGCAACAGUAAGAGGUCAUGGGGAGAAUAAAUUUGAAGUUGUCACAUCCCAGAGGACUUUUGUCUUCCGUGUGGAUAAAGAAGAAGAAAGGAAUGACUGGGUUAAUACAAUACUUAGUGCCUUGAAAUCACAGUCUGAUGAUAACUCUCAGUCUCGAACUUCUGUCGCCCCCGAGAAAAGUGGAUAUCUUGAAAUGAAAGGAUACAAAGCCAAAAUCUUUAUUCUACUUCAGGGAAAUACUGUGUGGAUCUGCAAAAACGAGCAGCAAUUCUCAGAAGGCUUCAAAAAGCAGGAUUUUAAGACAGGAUUUGGUAUCACUUUAAUCCCUAUGAAUGUGGCAAAUGUCAAACAAGUCGAUCGAACUGCAAAGCAAUCUUUUGAAAUAAUUACUCCUUAUAAAAGCUUUAGCUUUACAGCAGAGUCGGAAAGAGAGAAACAGGACUGGAUUGAAGCACUGCAGCAAUCGAUAGCAGAAACUCUGUCUGAUUAUGAAGUAGCUGAGAAGAUUUGGUUCAAUGAGUCCAACAGGAUCUGUGCUGACUGUAAAGCUCCUGAUCCUGACUGGGCAUCCAUCAAUCUCUGUGUUGUGAUUUGUAAGAAGUGUGCAGGACAGCACAGAUCUUUAGGACCCAGAGAUUCAAAGGUUCGGAGUCUAAAAAUGGACGCCAGCAUUUGGAGCAAUGAACUUAUUGAGCUCUUUAUUGUCAUUGGAAAUAAGAGGGCAAACAGUUUCUGGGCAGGAAAUCUUCCUCCAGAUGAAGAGCUGCAUUUGGAUGACCCUCCAGAAAAAAGGAUAGCAUUCAUUACACAAAAAUACAAAGAGAGAAAAUUCAGGAAAGCACCUUUUCUCUACAAAACCAAGGAGCAAUUGAAUAAGGCCCUGUGUGCUGCUGUAGUUAAACAAGAUGUGCUAGAAACUCUGAUGCUGCUGUUUAGUGGUGCUGAUGCUAUGUGUGCCACUGGAGACCCUGUUUACAGUACUCCAUACUUGUUAGCCAAGAAAGCUGGACAAAGACUGCAAAUGGAAUUCCUGUACCAUAAUAAGUUCUCAGAUUUCCCGAACUAUGAUACUUGUUUUGAAAGUGGCUUCUCUGAAGAUUCCUCACAUUCCACCUUUCUUUGUGAAUUCUUAUACAAAGUUUCUUCUAAUACUACUAAGCUUCUUACAGAGAAGAAAUUGAAAGAAGAUUGCAACAAAAGAUGGUGCACUUUGGAAAGUGGCUUUCUAAGCUACUAUGAAAAUGAUAAAACUGCCACUCCUAAUGGUAUGAUUGACAUCAAUGAAGUUAUCUGUCUUGUAGUGCACAAGUCAGACUUCUUUUUAAAUAGAGGGGACAUCUUUACCUUUGAAAUCUAUUUAAUGUCAGAACGUGUUUUUCUAUUUGGAGCUGAAACUGCAUAUUCACAAAGAAAAUGGACUUGGGCAAUAGCUAAGCACUUCGUUCCCCCUGUGGCUGAAUGCUUAUUAGAGAGAAACUGUGACCUGAUUGGCCAGCUGUACUACAAAGAUUGCCAGAAUCUGGAUCAGUGGAGAAAAGGCUGGUUUGCUUUAGAGAAGUCAAGCCUUUAUUUUUGUCUUGAAAUGGAGAAUGCUGAAGAAGAUUCCAUAUAUCUAAGGCGGUUGCAAGAAUUAACAAUCAGUAGUGUGAUGCAAAAUGGAGAGAAACUAGAUGUCCUGCUCCUUGUUGAAAAAGGAAGAACACUGUAUGUCCAUGGCCAUACGAAGCUGGAUUUCAUGGUCUGGUAUACUGCAAUUGAAAAAGCAGCAGGUACAGAUGGUAAUGCACUACAAGACCAGCAGCUCAGCAAAAAUGAUGUUCCUAUUAUAGUGAACAGCUGUAUAGCAUUUGUUACACAGUAUGGUUUAGGUAGCAAGCAGAUCUACCUUAAGAACGGCGAUUCUUCCAAUGUGGCUGAACUGCUGGAGAGUUUCAAAAAAGAUGCAAGGAGUGUUAAACUAAGAGCAGGAAAACAUCAGCUUGAAGAUGUGACUGAUGUAUUAAAAAGUUUUCUUUCUCAAAUAGAUGAUGCACUUCUUACUAAAGAACUUUAUCCAUUUUGGAUCUCUGCAUUAGAUACGCAGGAUGAAAAGGAACGUGUGAGGAAGUAUGGAGCUUUUAUUCGGACACUUCCAUCAGUCAAUAGGGCAACUUUGGCUGCUUUAAUUGAACAUCUUUACAGGGUGCAGAAGUGUUCUGAAAUAAAUCAUAUGAACCCUCACAAUCUAGCCAUGGUGUUUUCAUCAUGCUUAUUUCAAACUAAAGGCCAAACUAGUGAAGAAGUCAAUGUAAUUGAAGAUCUAAUUAAAAAUUAUGUGCAACUUUUUGAUAUAAAUGAAGACCAAGUCAAACAAAUGGAUAUAGAGAACAGCUUUAUUACCAGAUGGAAAGACACUCAGGUUUCCCAGGCUGGGGAUUUGCUUAUUGAAGUUUACGUGGAAAGGAAGGAGCCAGACUGCAGUAUUAUAAUCAGGGUGUCACCUUUGAUGGAAGCAGAAGAAUUAACUAAUGAUGUUUUAGGAAUCAAAAACAUUAUUCCCAAUAAAGAUGAUAUCUGGGCUACUUUUGAAGUACUUGAAAAUGGAGAAUUAGAACGUCCUCUGCAUUAUACAGAGAAUGUACUAGAACAAGUUCUUCACUGGAGUUCGCUACCAGAGCCUGGCACUGCAUAUCUGAUAAUAAAGAGAUUUCUAUCAGUAGAUAUGAUAAAACUCUACAAUGAGAAAAAUGAGAAAGGUUAUGUGAAAGCAGGCAAUCUGAAGUACAAAGAAGAACCAUCAAAACUACUGUCUGUAAACAAAUUUCAAGAGCGUUAUUUUGUGUUACGGGAAGGAAACUUCCUUCUGUAUAAGGAUAUGAAGGCUAGCAAACCUGAGAAAGUGUUACCUGUCAGUUCCCUGAAGCUUUAUCUUGGAGUGAGAAAGAAAAUGAAGCCACCAACAAACUGGGGACUUGCAGUAUUCUCUGAAAAGCAUCAGUGGUAUAUAUGUUGUGAUGCACAAGAUGUGCAGAUGGAGUGGAUGAUCAGCAUUUUUACUGCACAGCAUGCAGAUAUAUGGCCACCUGCUGGAAAAGCAAGAAAACAGUCUAUAACUAAAAGUCCAAAGAUUGGAGGCUUACCGCUAAUUCCCAUUCAUCAAGAGAACACCACUUGUAAAACCAGCGGGAGUACAGAAGAUAUAGAACUGCAAUCUGGAAAACCAAAAUUCAGUGAACAUCAUGAAAAUGACUUUCUGGAAGAAAGAAAAAACUUGAAAGAAAAAGCAUCUAUUGUGGCGCAAUGUUUGGAACGGAAGGAGGAGAAAGUGCGAAGUCAUGCAAAAACACAUCAAGGCUUGAUCACUGUUGAGGAUGUAGGUGCAGGAAUGACUCACCUACACCAAAGACCACACAAGGUACUGAAGAAAAAUAAGAACAAAUCAAACAAAACUGCUUUGGAAUUAGAUAACAAAUUGCCAUCAAAUGUGAUUCAGGAGCUGAAUACAGUGCUGCAGAAGAACAGAGCACUUCAUGAUGAAACCUCCAGCUGAUUUCCUGAGUCUGAAAUUUUAAUUUUAUAUAUAUAUAUAAAAUAUAUUUAGGCACACUUAUGCACAUGUGUAUUUUCUGGGCAAAAGUAGACUUUUUUGUUGUGUAUAGUUUGUACAGUGCAGAGGAAAUAUAAUUUGUUUAUAUGUAGCUGUUGAUUUUGUAUGUGCAUAUGCCACAUGUUAUAAUUUAAGAUUAAACUGAGAGAACUGGUUAUGUAAAACUUCUUAAAUUUGUAAGUUUUCCUGUGCAGUGCAAUGACAUAAGGGUUUUGUCUAUUUUUGUUUUCUGCAGAUUUUGUUUGAGAUAAUAAUUCUGAGCACUAUCAAAAGUUUUUGCUCUGUUUAUAUUCUGUACCAUGUUGUAAGUACUGGAAAGAUAUUUUUGGAAGGAAGACAAGAUAUAAACAGAAAUUCAUGCUCUUGACCUGGAAUAUUUUUAAUUGUCUAACACUAUAAAAAUGAAUUGCAUCUGCUUUGAAAAGUAAUUUUUGCAUAUUUUUUUUUUUAAAUUUAAGAAUAAAAUUACUGUCUGCUUCCAUAGAUUUUUCCUCUGGCAAAGUGGCAUGUGAAAGAAUCAAAAGGGAGAAGAAUCUAGUAGAUAAGACAGUGCAUUAGUUCUUGUAUCUCAAAACUGUCUACAUCUGAUUAGGACAUGUAAGCAGUGAGAGAAUACUGAGGAUGACAGAAAUCUUCAAAGCAGCAUCUAAUUUUAAAGGGUAUAUGAACUGGAAGAGUAGCAUCAUCUCUUUUUGCUCAACAGGCUGAAGCGAUUUGAUAAACAUACCUUAGUUAGCUCAGGGUGACACUGGCAGACUUUUCUGUUACUGUUUGGAUAGAGCUUGCCUAGUGCUGACAAAGUUGCUGGCAUCUAGUGAAUAUUUAAUACUUAUAUGAGAAAUUAAUUUCCUUAAUAAAAAAUUGUCCCCACACAAACCUGUCUUUCAGAAGCGCUCUAACUCACUCAAUUAAGAAGUGUUAGUUACUAAAUGGAUGAGCUGAUUAACCCCCCACUUUACCAUGAGAACAAUGGUAAAUAGUAUGCUGUUUGCAGGGUAUAGGAAAAGCUGAGGAGAGGUCCCAAGGUUCAGACAAACACCGCAUUUGCUGCAUUCUGAGUAUGUAGGUAGAAGCUCACGUGACAUGUGAUUUACUACCCUCCACCUACUUUGCUUUUUAAGCCCUGCAUUCCUUAAAUUUAAAAGUUAGAAUCUGUCUUCAAAACAAAUGUGAGUAAUUAAUUUUUUUUUUUUUUGGAUCUCACCUCACCUUUUCCUGUGGGAUUGCCUCCUUCCUCUCUCAUGGCAUAUCCCUGUAACAGCUGGCAGGUGAAAGGCCUGGCUGUGCUGAGGCUCUUUCCAGGUGUUGCAGAUCCUGUCUGGAUAAGCAUCAGGACUGACAGAGCAGAGAGAUAAUAAGCCCAUGCUGCACCUUUGCUUCAGAGGAGACAUUAAUGAGAGCAUUUGCUUUGUUUUGCUGCUGUCCCUUUUGUGGUCUGACACAGAUUUUCACCAGUAUUUUAAGAACUUAAUGAGGCCUUUAGUUCCUCAAGUUAGAUUGGAUCUGGCCAGACCUGUUAGGGUAGAAGAGAGAAUUCAAACCUGUUUCUUGUGUAUUGGAAAUAAUUUUAAAUAAGUCAUAAUUCCUUAAAAUUUCAGAAAAAUUAAUCAGCAUCAGUAACAUUUGUUUUUUCAUAACGACUGGCUUUGAGGAUGCUUUAUGUUGUUAUUGAAUUUCUUCCCAUACGGAAGCAGUAUGCUCACUUAUUUCCUGCUCUAUUUUUGGUAGUCACAGGUGCCAUAACAUUUCUCACAUCAUUUACUUCUAUUCUUGAUUGCAUUGAGCAGCUUAAUUGUAAAAAUAAUUGGUUUGAUUGAAGAAAUUAGACAAAUGACUCAAAUAAUGUGUCUGGCAACUGCUAGGAAGUACAGGGAACAUGAGAUCUAACUGAAAUAUUUUAUAGCAGUUUAUAAUUAUUCUUCUGGAAUGUAGCACUGAUAAAGCAAGUUUAGUCUUUCAGACUUUGCACUUACCAUAUUUGACCACUUGUUAAAUCUGAAACAAGUUUGUAGGUUUUAAUUUUCUCAGUGCACUAUUGACUGUUUUGCUACCUUUAGUUUGUAAUAGAGCCAGGGCCUCAAUGACUACAAGAGGCUCAAGAAAGCACAUAAGCCUGGACUUAAAUUGUAUUGAUUAAUGCUGCUGCUUAAUGUUAAUAAGCACAUUCUUAAAUGCUGAUUUCAAAUGGGGCCUAAUGCUGUCAGGAGAAAUUACUUUUGUUCUGAGGCUGGACCUGAAUGUACUGUUUACAGUUCUACUUUUAUUUGCAAGUAUUUUCAGUAUCGAGUUAUGGUUGCUGUAUUGUUUAUCUUUUUAUUGGGUUCUUAAAAAUGACAUUCACCUCACUGCUGAAAGCCUCAUGCAUCAUUUAAACCCCUACACUAAUGAAAUAAAUGGAGCAAUGGAAGGGUUUUGUGCAUUGAAGUGAAUAUGUUCGUGAAGAAAAUGUGUUUCUGUAUUUUUAUUGUAACUAAGGACUAUAGAAACAUUUGUUCUAUUUCAAAAGCAUAUCACAGAUAAAGUAUCUGUGUGGCUGCUGUAAAAGGCCCUAGAAUCAAAGAUGAUUACUGAAAUGUUUAAAUUUGAUUUUGUGCACAAAUACAUUUUAUAUGUGUAUAUGUACAAAGAGUUAUGUACACAUCCACUGAGAUGCAGAGUGAGGGUGUUAACCCAAGGAAAAAUUAUUUGGGGAAAUGAGAAAUUAAAUUAGCAAUUAAUUGUUCCAAAUAGUUAUCGAUAUUUUUGAUUAAUUAUCUGACAUAUUGUUGCACUACACAUUUCAGACUGAUUUAAGAACUGCAGAAUAAAUGUGUUUUGUCAACAUAUUUUAAUGGCUGCUGAUUGUUCCUGUGCCAUGUGGUAGAAUGGUAAAGGAAGUAUAAUUUUCAGAGAAAAAAUGGUAACUCUUUGAAUAAAUGCUAUUUCUCUAAAGUAAACA